AGGUAGCAAAAAUUCAAGCAGCCGAUUAUAGAACGCCGACCGAAGCUACCCAGCACCUUGAAGCACGGUUAUGCGCACUGAGCAUGCUGCAAGAUGCCACAAAUACUCGCGAGGGAGCGGGUGUCAAAGUGUUUGCACGGAGGAAGCCGGCCGCACCCACGCAGCGUGACGCUGGGGACGCCGACAGCUCUGCGUGUGCACGUGGUGCCGGCCGCAACACCAGCUGCCGGGCCAGCGACGCAUCGGACGUGUCUGCUGUUGCGCCGCUGCCAGGCCCAGCGGAAUGGCGCCGACGCCUGGACAGUCGGCGCACCAGCGUGCUCAAGCCGCCGCUCCCAGCGGACGGCGGCAACUCGCUACUGCAUAAGGCGGACUGGCUGGCGCAGCGCCACAUGCCCGCCCGGCAGCGGGAGAGCAGGAACGCGGCUGUGGCUGCCGUGCUGAGCGAGAUGCGGGCGCACUAUGAUGAGGUGGACCAGGAAGAGCUUGUGGUGGAGAGCCCGGACGCCAGCCCCCUCAAGGGCGCAGGUGGCGGCAGCAGCCGCCUGGCAGGCAAGCUGGCAGCACUGGCGCUCUUGCAGCCCAAACACACACGCUCACAGCCAACGGAGGCUAUCAAAAGCCCGGAUGCCGCUAAAUUGGGCGGUGUGCUGGCCAGUGGGCGUGCAUCGCCGCCGACGCCCGCAGCUCUGAGCUCGCGGACAGAGGACACGACGCCGGUGCCAUCGACAGCAGCUGAGGAGGACUCGGCAGCGUCGACAGACGCAGUCGUGCAGCUUAAGGCCAAGCCCGCAGGUGACGGCGCUGGGCCGCAUCCCCGGACGGCAUCUGGCACAACCAGCUCACUGGGAGCUGCGCUUGCAGAUGCUGGGUGCCCCGGCUCGCCGGCAAGCGGCGCUUGCGGGGUUGCGUGCGCGGAGUGGCAAGGCGCGGCUUCGCUCGAGGACGCCCUUCAGGAGGCCCGCAGCCCCGGCAGGCGCAGCGGAGUGCCAGGAGCCACGGCAGACCUGUCCUCACUGCAGCGACUGCUCCUGCUGUGUGGUCAGGAGCCGCACCUCCCGCUGGAGGCGCUGCCCUCGAUGGACGACCUCAUCGGCCAGCUGGCACAGCAGCUGGCGGGAGGCCAACUCGGUGCGGCCAACGGCGCCGCUGCUGCAUCUGCCACCGGCGGGGCUGCUGCAGGUCCUGUCGGGUCCGCACAUGCCGCGUCGUCUGCGGGCGGGCGAGCCACGCGGGCAACCCGCCAAGCCAAGCGGGGCGCAGCCGAUGCGGCAGGUGCGAUUGCCGGCGGUGCCGACAAUGCUCGCGCUGUAGAGCCAUCCGCAACUGCCAAGCGGCCAGUGGUGGUCAAGGUGGGGGAGGGCAGCUACGGAGAGGCGUGGCGCCUCGGCGGCGGCAAGGCGGCUGGGCAGGGCGGGGCGGCGGCCCCGGCCGUGGUUAUCAAGGUGGUGCCCAUUGACGGCAAGGAGGACUUCAACGGGGGUCCACAGAAAACGGCGGCGGACAUGCAAUCUGAGACGCUCAUGUGCCGCGAGCUGAGCGCCCUAGGGGCCGCCGGCGCCCCAGGCGCCAGCGAGCACUUCACGUCCGGCUUCGUGCGCACGCACGCCGUGGCGGUGUGCCGGGGCCCCUACUCCAGUGACCUGGUCAAGGCCUGGGAGAAGUGGGAUGCAGAGCACGGUUCGGAGAACGAGCCGGUUAGCGAGCUGCCGCCAGACCAGCUGUACUGGUGCAUUGCCAUGGAGGACAGCGGCACUGACCUGGAGAAGUACGACAAGCUGGAGAGCUGGGACCAGCUGCGCAGUGUGCUACUGCAGGUGGCUGUGAGCCUGGCGGUGUCGGAGGCGGCGCUGGCGUUCGAGCACCGCGACCUGCACUGGGGCAAUGUGCUCAUCCGGCCGCACGCGCCGCCAGACGGCAGUGCCGGCUGCAUGACCAGCCGCCUGCGCGGCCACACGCUCAAGGUGUCGAGCUGCGGCCUAGUGGCGACCAUCAUCGACUUCACCAACAGCCGCCUGCAGGCUGCCGACGGCACGCUGGCCUUCUGCGACCUUGAGGCCGAUCCAGCCGUGUUUGAGGGCACACGCGGCGAUGUGCAGUUCGACACCUACCGCUGGAUGCGGUCCGCGGUGGAGCGCGACUGGUCCGCCAGCUGCCCCGAGACCAACUGCCUGUGGCUGGGCUAUCUGGCGGAGGUGCUGGCCACCAAGUUCGGAGCGGGAGGUGGCGGAGGGUCCAAGGCAGGAGCGGGAGGCAAGAAGGGCGCCGCGGCCCUGGGCCUGAAGCUCAGCGUGGCGCAGAAGCGAGAGCUGCGGGAGUUCAGGAAGCGGGCGGUGGCGUGCAGCAGCUGCGGCGACCUCAUCCUGGACACGCUCUUCGGCGGCCUCUUGCAGCUGGAGCAGUGACGCGUGCCGCAGGUGAUGGCGAAGACCACAACAUGCAUUCCCUUUGGUUUGCAUGUUAUGUCCCGUGCGGUGCGGUUUGAUACGUGAAAGGCAACGGGUAGUAGGCCUGACGCAAUUGCUCUUUCGAUCCGGCAGGGUCAUGCCAGUGUGCCACUUACUCGGGCUGGCGGCGGGGAUGCGGAGACAGGCGGAAGUGGGCCAGAGGGUGGCCGGUGCUGGGGCUGCUGGGGUGUGUGCCGUGAACAUUUAAGUCGUUGGCGAGAGGUGGAUUGGAGUGCG